AUGCUUAUUAAUGAAGAAAAUAAAAAUAAAGAACCGAUCCACAACAUGGAGAUCGGAUUGAUUGUUAUGUCUCUGUUGUUCAUUGGAGCUAUUGUUAUUCUUUUUUACACAAUUUAUGUAUAUAUGAAAGGAAAGAAUAAUGAAGAAACAGAUUCCGUUCAAGAGAUGAAUGUUGAAGAAAUCAACACCGUUAAUUCAACCGAUAUUGAUGGUAUUACAUUUGAUAAUCCAUUAUUUACGCGAUCAACAGAAAAUGAUGAUCCAUUCAAAGAUGAUUUCGAAGAAGAUGCUAAAAUUGAACAAAAUUUCUAUUUAGGUCAAGAUCUUGAAGAAUUAUCUGAUGAAAAAAUCGAUUGA